CAACUGAUCCCCUUUCAGUUUGGCUCUCCUGCGAGGGCUGAUUUGACCGCGGCGCUCAGACGAGUGGGACUCUGCUCGAGUGCGUCGCAGAGCACGAUGCUAGCGGGAUAGUAGUUGUCAUGGAGGCACGACCAGCACAAUGACGCACAACACACUGUCCGAACCCCAGCUGUCGGUCCAGGGGGCGGCCCUUCGCAUGGUGGACCUGCCCCUCUCCGUCUACAACUCCCUGGCCCAGGUCCAUCUGAGCACAGGCACCAAGAAGCUGGUGGCCGCCACAGCCCUAGGAGCUGUCUCCCUCCUCUUCCUCGCCCGCCACUUCCAGCGAAGGAAGCGCCACAAGAAGUCCCAGUCCCAGCAGUGGGAGCAGGCGAGCUUCCAGUUCCCUCCCCCCCUCCUGGCCGAGCAAGACUCCACCAGUCAGCAGAUCACUCUCUCGCUCGGCUCCAAGAAGUGCAGUGGGCUUCUCCACCGAGAGCUCCACAGCAGACUGUCCGGCUCGCUGCAGAGCCUUGUCUCGGUUAAAACCCAUGACUCUGGCAGUAGCUGCACAUGCGGCAAUGAGUCCAUCUGCUGGGACAGACCGGCCCAAGAGGACCUCUGCAACGUGGUCAGCAUCCCCGUCACCACGCCGGAGAACCUCUACAUCAUGGGUAUGGAGCUGUUUGAGGAGGCGUUGAGGAGCUGGGAGCAGGCCCUCUCCUUCAGGAGCCGGCAGGCCGAGGACGAGGUGAGCUGUGGCUCCAUCCAGACGGCCGCCGCCAUGGCCGCGGCCCCCGCUACCGAGGACACAGUGGAGGAAGCGGUCAGCUCUGAGUUCAUCCAGAAGCUGGAGUGCUUGCUGCAGCGGGCCUACCGCCUCCAGGAGGAGUUUGAGGGGGCUCUGGGGGAGUCUGAACCCCACUCCAAGACCAGCAGCCUGGAGAGACUUGAGGACGUGUAUCUCCUGAACCUGGAGGACGUGGCGCUGAAGGACAGCACGAGCAUCGCCUCCAACGACUCGUUCGUGUCGGCGGCCGAACUGGCCGAGCAGAGGACUGCCUCCUCCCUGGGCCACCAGCUCUUCUACCUGGAGGCUCUGCAGCUGGCUGAGGACGGCAGCGUCUCCUGCCGGGUGCUGCGGACGGAGCUUCUGGAGUGUCUGGGAGACACCGACUUCUUGGCCAAACUCCAUUGUGUGCGUCAGGCCUGCCAGCUUAUUCUGAGUGACAGGACGACAAGGACAUUUCUAGUGGACACAGGCAAGAAGAUACUGUCUUCGAUCAUUGUCAAAGCACAGAAGAGCCCAAAGAGAUUUGAGGAAGUGUUUGAGGAGAUGAUUUCCUUCUUGGAGCACGCAGAGCAUUGGGAGAACACAGAAGUGGAGCUGGCCACUCGUGGGAUCAAGCACUUGAAUUUCUAUGACAUAGUCCUGGACUUUAUCCUCAUGGACUCCUUUGAGGACCUUGAAAAUCCGCCCGUGUCCAUUCAAAAUGUGGUCAACAACCGUUGGCUGAACAGCUCCUUCAAAGAGACAGCGGUGGCGUCUAGCUGUUGGUCUGUGCUGAAGCAGAAGAGACAGCACAUGAAGGUACCCGAUGGAUUCAUCGCCCACUUCUACGCUGUGUGUGAGCAGAUCAGCCCGGCUCUGGCUUGGGGCUUCCUAGGUCCCAAGAGCUCCCUGCAUGACUUCUGUCGCUUCUUCAAGGACCAGGUCCUCUCCUUCCUCAAGGACAUCUUCGACCUGGACAAGGUGCGCUACUCCACCGUGGAGAGCCUGGCCGAGGACAUGCUGCUUCUGCUCCACCGUCGCUCCGCCCUGCUUCUGUCCUACCUGGGCGCAGACGGCCCCCGCAACGCCCGCCCACCGCCGACGGGACCCAACGCCCUCACGGAGGGCCGAGACCAGUGACGGGAAGAAGGGUUUCGUUAUCCGACCUGCCUACUGUACCCAGGGGUCACGUGACAUUAGGGAGUGGGUACACGGUGUCUACCCUGUACACGUCUUCAUGCCUCCAUAGAUUUUGUUCUCAAAACACUACAAUGUAAACUUAUUUUUAGUACUUUUGAGCUUGUAGGUCAUAUUUAGAUGCUGUCCCAAGUUAUUACGCAUCGUGCAAUUACUGUUUGAGAAGAUGGAUCUGCCUUCGUCAUACACCAGCCUCAACCUUCCAGUGCCAACGCAAUGCAAAAGCAGGCUCGCUUUUGGCCUUUCUAGUCCCGUUCUUUAGUGGGGUAUUGGGGCCAAGUUUUAUGCAUUGAAAACUGACCGUCGGGAAGUCUGUUUUAGAACGUAUCAAUGUUUAAUGUGGAGCUAUAUUACCAGUAUAUAUUGUCGAUGAACUGUUGUAUAGAAAAGCUGAAUUGUUAACUCACCGACAUUCUUGUCUCUCGCAAUAAGGCAAGCCAGAUGCCCCAAAACACUACAUGGAUCCCACUAGUAUAUUUUGUUACAAUGCCUCAUUUUUAACCACAUGCGUGAGCCAAUAGCAAGUCAACAAUUGCUUCAGUGAUGUCCAAGAUAUUUAUUACCCAAAUAGGGUAUAUAUAUAUAUAUAUAUAUAUAUAUGCACAAUAAACACUGAGUAGUAAAGCUCAGAAACGGAACUUGUGAGUGUCGUUCCUAGUACGGCCAUCAUUGGACAGCAUUAAUGUAUUCCUUAAUGCAAGAUUUGGUAAUGUUCUGCAAUGUUCUAUGAAAAAACCAACAUUUGAAGUCAAUCAAAAUAACUGCCAUCCUAAUGUAAUAAUCAAUGGAAACGAGGCAAGAGUUAACUAAUUAAUUACAAUUUUAUUAGUGGACAUGGCAACAUCAAGUCAAAUAAAAACCAUAAUACAUUCCAUAAUAUACACAGUACAUGAAACCUUGUGUUUACCUCUAAGGCAUGCUCCUGAUUGCUCACUGCCGUUUGUCUUCUACAACCCCACGACCUCCUUGUUGAAACUCACAUCAGCCCAGAUGAAAAAGAGCAUCUCAGAUAGAAAAGCAGGCAACUUCAAACAAUGUGACCUUUUCACUACAGGUGGUACAAUUUAUUAAAAUGCCAGUAUAAAAAAAUAGCCAGCCCCCCCUCUCCCAACACCCCAGGAAUAUAAAUGCAAGUCAAGAAGUGUUUAAGCACGAAGUUCAUCCGAUCCUAGACUGUCUCACUUUAAGCAUUAGUUCUGUUCAAGGUGUUAUUUAGGGCAAGAUAAGAACAAGAUAUCCAACAUAAUUUAAAUAGCCAUUAGAUAACUCAAUGAAAUGGUUAAGAAACAAUCCGAAUUCAAAGAAUGCAUCGCACAGAACACUGCAAUUUCAGCUUUUGUAUUUCAUUGCAUUGUGUUUACCUUAAUCACUGGAGCUCUGGGAACGGUCUACUGUUGCGCAGCAGUAAAGACUCAAAGGAUUCCUCGUUUUGGGGGUCAAACUACCACGGGCCUGAUUCUACGAUCUACGCCUCCAGCACUGUGAGCAAGAAGUGAAGGGUGCAACAGUUUAAAAAACGAUAAGAUUUGACUGCACUUUGGACAAUUUCACACCAUCACACAGUGAGCAUCAAUGUUAAGUGUGGGGAUUCGGGCAGAAGACAACUGAUAACCUCCACUUAAUAAUCAAUAAUCAAAAGGCAUGCUAUAAGUUUCUAUCCAAAUACAAGAAAGGGAGGGGGGGGGGGUGAUCGAUAUGAAUUAAGUGCCACACUUUCAUUGCAGAAAACGCUAUUAUCAAAGACUUAAUAUGUACUACAAAGACCUUUUAGAAAAGACCCAUGGACUAUGGGAAUACUGGUCAAUUUGUGCCGUUCUUAAAAUAAACAUUGCAAUGAAUGGCUCAAGUCAGAUCUAACGGAACAGGUCAUCAGAACGCAUAUCAUGCAAAGUCAGAGUGAGAGCACAUCGAUAUCUAAGCAGAGCAGUUGAUAUUCAAUUCUCCAGAUGUUUGCAAAGAACCAAUAAGAUGCAUUUUAGGCAUGUAUCACAGCACGUGAGCAUCUUUGUGCAUGUAUGCAGGUUAAGUCACAGGUCAAAGAAAAACACUCGUUUCCUUAGGGUUCGCUUACCUGUGUUACUGCAGCAGAACCUAAGGUGCAAGGGUCUGGGGUGACACUGCAAAGAUCAGAUAUUGCACUUUGCCAUCAGUGAACAAUGCAGUCAUAAAGGUUUGGAUUUAAAUCAACAGCCCGUCACUGCAGUGCUCCAUCACAACCAUUGCAUGGCGCAGUCAAAAUCAAGACGUUGAGCUACUCGAGUACUUCCUCUACCGGCAGUGCUCGGUGUGUGUGUGUGGGGGGGGGGAAAUCAGAAACAAAGCAGAGAUCUACACAUGCUAGACUUUCAUGUCAACUUUGCUGAAUAAGAUGGCAUUUGAAAACAAGUCAAAUCAUACCGCGUUCUAAACCACAUUGCACUUGGCAGAUCACAUGUCGACAACAUGGAAAAACAACCACAUGAACAGUUCCUAUAAACCUUCAGUUUGCCUAGAUAAGUCACUCCCUGCAUCCGUUUGGUAAGUCAGAAUUGCGGCCUAUCAAGACUAAUCUAAAACAAACUACAUUGCAAACCGAUUCAAUAUGCUUUCCAUAAUGUUGCAAUGCAUUUAUGUAGACGUUGAAGGAAAAUUUUAACAUUCUCAAACAGUUAAAAGUACAAGAGAUUGAACCAAUUCUAAAGGAAUCACAACCGCUCUAACAUACUUACCCCAACAAACGGGAGAAUUGCAAUAAUUGGACAAAACUACAUUUGCAAUUUGGCAAACAGUGAAAUAAGCUCUCAGUUAUUGUACUUACAUUAUAGGAGGGCUCAACUCAAGGAUGAAGGACUGCUUAGCCAAUCGACCCUACAAACCCAUAUUCUUAUGAUCAAACACUAACAGAAUUGUCAGAGCAAAAACAAUGACUUUUGCAGUGGUUUUUAUAUCAAAAAUCUUUAAAAGUCUAUACAUGGGGUUCAUGUGAGACAAUUUAAAAAGGAGGAAAAGAGCAAAAACUUUUCAAUGCAAAUAUCAUAUACGUUACGACAAUUUACCUUACUGUCCUGGAAAAGAACAGCACAAAAAAUAUAUACUACGGUGCAACAUUUCUUGCGGCCAUAAUUUCGGAAAAAUAUCUUCAAACAAAAGAGACACACAUACUUGCUUACCGCUUUUCUAAACUGGCCUGUGGGGGAGGAAGUGUCUAUGAUGGCAGAACAGUGCAUACUACCUCAACAAAGAUCAUCACCAGGCAAGAUUAAAGAAACACAACGCCAGAGUAUUGCAGUUAAUGCAUGAGUCAAUGCGAAAGGUCUCCAACGACAACAACACCUGCCAGAUUCUAAAGAAGCACUCGCAUGGAACAACAGGUCUAUUGGACUCGGGAUAAAAGGCAUGGACGCAACAGGUCUACUAGACAGCCAUGAAACUGGUUGCCAAAAGAUGAGGGGGAGAGAGAGAGAGAUACAG